UCACAUAUAUAUAAAGCUUGAUGGCUGCUGCCUUAGUUUGAUAGCUGAUAAUACAUCAAUUCUUUGUUUUUCUGGAUAUCUAGAUGAAACCCACCGAGCUUGAAGCUCUAAGGAUCUGAUUUCGUUUCUUGAUUUCCAGUGUUUAAAAAAGAUGAGAGCUGGAGUUUGCACUGUGCAGCAAGCUUUAACAGCUGAGGCUGCUAGCAUGGUGAAGCAAGCACUUGGUCUCGCUCGACGGCGAGGCCAUGCGCAAGUCACUCCUCUUCACGUAGCGAGCGCCAUGCUCGCGACGUCAACCGGUCUUCUUCGAAGAGCUUGUCUUCAAUCUCAUUCCCAUCCGCUUCAGUUUAGAGCUUUAGAGCUUUGUUUCAAUGUCGCACUCAAUCGCCUCCAUGCAUCCACUUCUAGCCCUUUAUUAGGCCCUCAUCACCAUCAUCCUUCCCUCUCCAAUGCCUUGGUGGCCGCGUUUAAGCGCGCUCAGGCUCACCAACGCCGAGGCUCCAUCGAGAACCAACAGCAACCUAUUUUAGCUCUCAAAAUAGAGUUAGAACAUCUCAUACUCUCCAUCUUGGAUGAUCCGAGUGUUAGUAGGGUUAUGAGGGAAGCUGGUUUCUCUAGCACCCAAGUUAAAAUCGAAGUAGAACAAACAGUUUCCAUGGAGAUCUCUUCCCAAACUCCAUCUCCAAAAGAAAGCAAUCCCAACCCACAAGCUCUCGGUGCUAACCCGAAUGGUCAGACUCAGUAUGGGUUCGGAUUUUCAUCGAGCAAACAGCUAGACCGAGUUAGGAACGACCGAGAUGUGACCAAUGUUUUGAGCACUAUGAUGAAUAGGAAGGGAAACACCGUCAUCAUAGGAGAGUCAGUCGCCGUUGCCGAGAGUGUUGUUAGAGGAGUGGUGGAUAAGUUCGAGAAAAUGCAAGUCUCUGGGGAUUUAAGAUACCUUCAGUUAAUCAGUCUUCCACUGUUUUCACUAAAAAAUCUUGAUAAAGAUGAAGUGGAGCAGAAGCUUGUAGAGCUCAAAUGCCUUGUCAAGAGUUAUAUGGGAAGAGGGGUUGUCUUGUUCUUAGGUGAUCUCAAAUGGAUUUCAGAGUUUUGGUCAAGCUAUGGUGAUCAAAGAAGGAACUACUCUUGCCCGGUGGAGCAUAUAGUCAUGGAACUCAAAAGAUUAGCGAGUGGGAAAUUGUUUCUCAUGGGAAUUGCAACUUUUAAAACUUACAUGAAGUGUAAAUUAGGCCAUCCUUCUCUUGAAUCAAUUUGGGAGCUUUAUCCUUUUACAAUUUCAGCUGACAGCUUAAGUCUCGGUCUUAAUCUUGAAAGCUGCGAUGCUCAUUCUCAGUAUGAAGCAAAGGAAUCUAUAGAUUCGGUUACUUGGCCAGUGUCUGAAGCUGAAAUAAAUAAGAAUCACAGUUCCUUCACUGAUAGAUUGUUCAACUUCGACAAUGUCGUCUCUUCCAGUUCAAGUUUGCCUUCAUGGCUGCAAAGCUACAAGGAAGAAACCAGAACAAAUUCUUCCCAUGAUAAUAAGGAAGCUAACUGGCCAGUCAUCUUUGAAUCCAAGAAGUCACCCAAAGAGCUCCAGUUUUGGAUAUCUGAAAACGACCCCAAGCCUGAACUCCUCUCGAAUCCGAAUUCUAGCCCGAAUUCGGCUUCUUCGAGCGAGGCGAUCGAGGAGGAUAUUGACGGAAUUAACGCGUUCAAGGAUCUUAAUGCUGAAAACAUUAACAUUUUAUGCAAUGCUUUGGAGAAACAGGUUCCAUGGCAGAAGGAUGUGGUUCCUGAAAUCGUUAGCACCAUACUAGAAUGCAGAUCGGGGACGAGAGAAGGCAAAAGCUGGUUAAACCAAAGAGAGCUCAAAGAAGAAACUUGGCUGUUCUUCUUAGGAUCCGACAAUGAAGCCAAGCAGAAGAUUGCUAGGGAGUUAGCUAGACUCGUUUUCGGUUCCCAAACCAGCUUUGCCUCCAUAAGUCUGAGCGAUUUCGGAUCGAAAAGGGCCGAUUCGAUCGAAGAUAACAAGAGGAAGAGAUCAGAUGAGUCAGGCAACAUUGAUCAUGUUCUUCAGAGAUUUGGCGAGGCAUUGAACGAGAACCCUCACAGGGUUUUCUUCGUGGAAGACAUGGAACACGUUGAUUGUGGUUGUCUGAAAAGGAUCAAGCAAGCAAUUGAAACCGGAAAGGUGACAAUUUCUGAUGGUGUUACGGUACCUGUAAUGGAUUCCAUUGUCAUUUUCAGCUGUGAAAGCUUCAGUUCGAUGUCGAGAGCUUGUUCUUCGAGGAGAAGGCCAAAUCGUAGUGACCCAGAAGAGAUGAAAGGAACAGAAACGGAGCAGGAUGAAAAACAAUCUGUUUCUCUGGAUUUAAACAUUGCCAUUGGAGAUAACAGCAAGGAAAGUGACCAUGAAAUUGGGAUACUGAAAUGUGUUGAUAACCAAAUUGUUUUUAAAGAACAGAACAGGGGAAGAAGAUGGUGAUGAAGGAGGCAAUUAUUUUUUACUUUGAUUUUUGUUUCGCUUACGUUGUGUGGUAUAUCUGUUUGGAGGGAUAGAAAGAAAGAAAGAAUCAAACUAACAUGGUUUACAGUGAAAUCGUGGUUGGGGAUUAUUUGGAACGACAGAUUUAGCU